CGUGUCGGCAGCGCUGUCCCGCUCCCGGCACUCCCUUCGAGGUGAGGAGACACCUGGCAGCCACCCUGGCAGGCGGAGUUUGCAGCCCCGGCGUGGCUCUGCCCAUGCACCCCCUUUGCCGGGGCUCACCUGCCCCCCGGCAUGGCUGAGCACGCCUCCAGGCUCCGGCUCUCGGCGCUGUGCUUCCUCCUGCAAGUCCUCAUCAUCCUCCUCUUCGCCGUGCUGGUGCGGUACAGCCCCGAGGGCAGCCCCGGGUGCCCCCCGCAGCUGAACUGCAGCCGCAGGAGCCAGGACCCGGCUGUGCAGCAGCCCCCAGGUUUUCAGGAUGUCCACGUCCAGGUGCUCCUCAGCUUUGGGCUCCUGGUGGUGCUCCUCAGCCGCUAUGGGCUGGGCAGUGCUGCCAUCAUCAUCCUCAUCACAGCCUUCGCCAUCCAGUGGGCUGUUCUGAUGCAGGGCAUGCUUUUCUUCUUCCUCAACGGCAAAAUUUACGUGGGAGCUCAGAGCAUGGUCAGCGCUGAUUUCUGCACCGCAGCUGUUCUGAUCUCCGCCGGAGCUGUUCUAGGCAGGGUAAACCCUGUGCAGAUGCUGCUGCUGGCCCUGCUGGAAGUCACCGUGUGCACUCUCAAUGAAUACAUCCUGCUCGGUCUCAUGGGGGUGAGCGACAGUGGACGCUCCUUGACCGUGCACACCUUUGGUGCUUAUUUCGGCCUGAUGGUUUCACGGGCCUUGUACCAGCCCCACCAGGACAGGAGGAAGAGGGAAGAGCAGCAGGAUAAGGGGCACCAGACAGAUGUCUUUGCUGUGGUUGGAACCAUCUACCUGUGGAUCUUCUGGCCCAGCUUCACCUCCACCACCACCACUGUCCCCCACAGCGCCGAGAACUGGGCAGUGCUCAACACCUACUUCUCACUGGUGGCAAGCACCGUGUCCACCUUCAUCCUCUGUCCUGUCCUCUACGAGGAGAGCACCCCAAGGAUGGUUCAGAUCCAGGAUGCCACCCUGGCUGGCAUGGCCGUGAUGGGCAUGGCUGGGGAGAUGCUGGUCACCCCCUUUGGAGCCCUCAUCGCGGGGUUUCUGGUUGGCCUGAUCUCCCCACUUGGCUUCAGAUUCUUCACGCCCGUUCUACACUCCAGGCUGAAAAUCCAGGACACCUGUGGGGUUCACAACACCCACGGCCUGCCUGGGGUGCUGGGGGCCUUGCUGGGGACGCUGCUGACGCUGCUGGCCACCGCAGACACCCAUGGCCACAGGCUGGAGCUUGUCUUCCCACUGGUGGCCCAGGGCAGCCGGACAAUCACUGACCAAGCCCUCGUCCAGCUCGGUGCCCUGCCCCUCACCCUGCUGCUUGCAACGCUCGGGGGCUUCCUCACGGGAAGGAUCCUGAAAAUCAAGGGGCUGAGGUGCUCCCCGGAGGCGCAGUACAAGGAGAACUCCGUCUCGCGGGAGGUGGCUGAGGAAGAACGUGACCCCAGUGGAAAGGAGGAGCUGGGCACCAGCACCUUGGUGUAACGAACCCCCAGUGAUGUCCUGCACCACCAGUGGUCUGCCAUGGCCAGUGCCAGCUCCUGGAGGAGCCAGCUGCUGGUCCCAAACGUUUUGGGGGCAGCUGGGUGUCCACAGGAUUUGCAGGGUGAAGAGGUGCUGCGGUAUCCCUGUGCUUUUUGUGGGAGCAACACGGAUCUUGCUGCCAGGGUCACCUCAGGGUGUCCAGGCUUGGCUCAGCCACUUCCCCUCCCUGCUCCUUGCCUCAGUUUCCCCACAGCUGCUCUCAGGAGGAGGGCAGUGGGGAGAGGAGGGAUGACUGUGUUGGGGAACAGGCCCAGGAGGCUGAACAGAAAGACUUUGUACAGACAUUUCUGCACACUGCAAUUAAAGUAUAUGGAUUAUUUUUUUGCAGCUUCA